ACUUAGACAACUUGAACGACAAAAACAAACACAAGUUUAUGGUUCAGACUAUGUUUGCGCCCGAAGGCGACGUCAAUCAGGACACACUCUGGAAAGAAGUGAAUCCGGAAGCGAUUAUGGACUCGAAGUUGAAGUGUGUGUUUGAUGUGAUGCCCGCUUCCAACGAGACACCUGUCCGCUCGAGCUCUGUGGCCACCAACGCCUCCGCUCUGACCAAUUCGCACAACAACACCAAUAAUGCGAGUAUUGCUGAGGAGGUGGGGAUGGAAUCGGUGGACGAUCUGAAGAAAAUAAAGGACGAGAACAAGCGGUUACGGGAAGAGUUGGUAUCGAUUCGAGCGGAGAAUUUGCAGUUAAAAGAAGACGGACUGAAGCAUAGGAUUCGGAGUGGAAUAACGUCUUCAAUAUCUGGCGAUAAGUUAAUGCACUCA